GUCGUCCCCCACAUUACCCGCUUGUUUGUCUUUGUUCUUGCAUUCGUCCUCCUCGCAGCUGUCGACCAGCCAUGUUCAUUUCGAAAGACAAGGGCAAGGCACCGCUAUCUUUGGAGUUCAUCGUCGUCGGGGGCGGCGUCGCGGGUCUCGCUGCUGCCGUAGGCCUGCGACGCGCAGGCCACAAAGUCAUCGUCUUGGAAGAAGAAGAAGAAGGCACGCAGGACCGUAUCAGCGGUGGCUCGCGAUCUCCCCCAAACAUGACGAAAGUUCUGCAACGCAACUGGGAUUUGGGGCCUGAAUAUGCCAAGAUCGCUACCCACUCAGAGAAUGUGGCUGUUUUAAAUUAUCAUACUGGAGAUCUUUAUGGGACCCACCACUGGGACGAAGAACUGAUGCAGCAAACCGGAGGGAACUACACCACUGUGCACCAUGCGGAUCUAUGCAGACUCCUUGCCAAGAGUGCUGCCUCGCAGGGGGCGCAAAUAAGGAAGAAAGCCAAAGUCGUCUCGGUAGACGGCGGAAGCCUCAAGAAAGGCGAUCGACCAUCCGUAUCGCUGGCCUCGGGAGAGAAACUCAGCGCUGAUGUCAUUGUCGGUGCUGAUGGCGCAGAUAGCACCGUGCGGCGCUCUUUGCUCGGGGACACCCCGCUCGGAGAGCCUACUGGGCUGUUAUCAUGGAAUACCACAGCACCAUGGAGUGAAGUAGAGAGUGAUCCUGAGCUUGAGUAUUUCAGGAGGAAAGACACAGUUUAUACGCACUACGGAGUUGCCUACGCAUCUCUCUUCUACUACGUGGAAGGACCCGGGGGUGAACGGAGUCUCGCCUUGCACUUCUGGACGCCAGACGACGGCACGCUAAAGGACCCAGGUAGAGGCUCCUGGCGAGACCCUUUCCCGUCCUCUGUUUUGGUGAAAGCAUUGGGGGAAGCUGACCCAAGGCUAAUAAAGCUGGCCAGGGCAGCGAAACCUGCUGUGUGCCUACGCUCCUUCAUCCCGCCCCCCAUUGACUGGGUAUGCCCGGACGCAGCUGCCGUCCUAAUCAGCGAAGCAGCCCACCCACUCCCCGCGGCUUCCGUCCAACAGCAUGGCAUGGCCAUUGGCGACGCCGCCUGCCUCUCCGAGCUAUUCCGGCACAUGACCGCGUACGAUCAACUCCCGCAAUUCCUCGAGGCGUUCGAGGACGUCCGCCGCCCGCGCGUCGCCGACAUCUGCGAGAACGAAGUCGGCAACAUCCGUUUCAUGACCUGCCCGCCCGGCCCCAUGCAAGAAGCAAGGGACGCUGUCAUGAAGGCGGCGACGGACAAUGGCAAGGGCGUGCUCGAGGGCGAAGAGAUGUAUGACGCGAUAUUGAAGGUAUUUGCGUACGACCCGGUGGACGCCGCGGCGGAUUGGUGGGUGCAGUGGGGGAUGCUGAAUGAGAGGGCAAAGGGGAGGGUCGCGGAGAAUAUGGUGCCGCUGGAUAUCGCGGUGGAGCAGACGACGGGGGCAUAAGGCCCAAAUCAACGCUGUAUGCAUGUCGAAAUGUUGUGUCCUUGCUUAAAUAUAAACCAACCGGAUUCUCAAGACC